GCUGCGCUCGGGAUAAUAACUAUUAGAAUAAAAGAAGCGCCCUUUAUUUCCCAUAUGACAAAAUGUCGGUGGCGUUUUCAUCGGCGCGCCCCAGGAGUAAAGGGGAGGUGACACAGCAAGCGAUUCAAAAGAUGCUGGAUGAGAAUCAUCACUUAAUACAAUGUAUAAUGGAUCACCAAAGCAAAGGCAAGACGGCUGAAUGCACACAGUAUCAGCAGAUCCUGCACAGAAAUCUUGUGUACUUGGCCACGAUAGCAGAUUCGAAUCAGAACAUGCAGUCACUACUACCCGCACCUCCCACUCCCAACAUGCCGGUGGGUCCUGGAGGGAUGGGCCUGAGCAACCUCAAUGACAACAUGGGACCUGGACUGCCCCCCUCGGCAAUGAUGCAGAGCCAAAUGAGCAAUGGCCCCAGCCACGCCCCCAUGCAGCAGCAUGCUGGUCAGGUGCAGUCGGCUAGUCCCUCCGCAUCCCUCGGCCUGCAGGCCGGCAGCUACGGUAGCCCGGCCUCAGCCUCCGGCUACGGCCACGCUGCGCCUUCCUCUCAGGGCACCGGGCCUGGCUACGGCUCUUCCUCCUCCUCCUCUUCCUCCUCCCGCAGCAACCUCAACAUGCAAUCCAACCAAGUAUCCAUGAUGCACCAACAGUCUGCAACUGCACACUACUCCUCAGCCCAGGUUGGGAGUCAACACUAUCAGGGACAGCAGGCCAUGGGCAUGAUGGGUCAGGGCAGUCAAGGACACAGUAUGAUGUCUCAGAGGCCCGUGGGAAGCUACCGCUCCGCACAGCAAGGUAGUGUGCAGGAUCUGCAGAGCGAUGAGUUCUACCAUGAGCAGUAUGGACUCACUCAGAGCUCCAGCGAGCCCAUAAACCGGCAAUAUUACUCCGCAGGUCACGGGGAGUACUCGUACCAACAGUCUUCAUACGGGGAGCAAGGCUACGACCGGUCCUUUGAUGAAUCCUCACAGCAUUACUACGAAGGAGGUAACUCCCAGUACAGUCAGCAGCAGGCCCAGUAUCAGCAGGGAUCUGGCCAGCCCUUCAGCCAGCAGCAGUACUCCUCUCAACAAGGCUACGGAGGGCAGGCACAGGGAUACGGUCCUGGUCAGGGUGGAUCCUCUCAGUAUUCUCAGUAUCAGCAGGGUCAAAGCCAACAGUAUGGGUCCUACCGCUCCUCCCAGGCCGGCUCUGGAGCGCCGACGCAGAGGCCCUACGCCUACGAACAGGGUCAGUAUGGAAAUUAUCAGCAAUAAAGUGCGUGGAG